AUGAAGACAUCAGCUUCAAUUUUCAUUGCUUCGAUCGUAAUUCUACUACUAGUAACAAGAUCAGAGGGCGAUGCCAGAUCCCGAAUCAUCAGAAUUUCAUGUGAUAACCAAAAAGAGAACAAUCAAACCUUAUUCAUCCCAAACUUUGUCCGUACAAUGGAAAGAAUCGCCACCCAGAUGCGAACUUCACAUAACGGAACAGCAGUUACGGGCACUGGACCUGAUAGUAACAUCGGACUUGCUCAAUGCUACGGCGAUCUUUCUAGAGACGAUUGCAUCUUAUGCUAUGCCGAAGCUCGUACUGUUCUUCCCACUUGCUUUCCCAACAAUGGCGGUCGAAUUUAUCUAGAUGGUUGCUUUAUGCGAGUCCAGAAUUACAGCUUCUUCGAGCAGUAUACAGGGCCUAAUGACACUUAUGUUUGUGGGAAUACAACAAAGAAGGGUAGACUGUUUCAAGUAUCAGUAAGGCAGGCAGUGUCCGAUGCUGUAGCGGAUGCACCAAGAAACUUAGACUACUUUGCUAGGAAAGAGGUGCCAGUAUCUGGUACUAACAAGUCGGUCUAUGUGCUCGCAAAUUGCUGGAGGACUUUGAACCCGAGUUCUUGUAGGGCGUGUUUGGAGAAUGCAUCUGCAUCGAUAUCGAAAUGCUUGCCGUGGUCUGAGGGUCGUGCAUUGAACACGGGAUGUUUCAUGAGGUAUUCCGACACCAAUUUUCUCAAUCCUCUACCAGCCACAAGCAGCAGCUCUAACCAUAGAGGAAAGAUAAUAGCUAUUGUUGUUUCCGUUCUUAGUUCUUUGGCGGUUUUCAUAGUUGCUUCGAUGAUUGUUUUAUAUAUCUGGAAACGUAGAUAUAUACAGAAGAAGAGAAAAGGUUCCUAUGAUGCCAAGAAACUGGAAAAGAUGCUUAAUGAUAGUAGCCUGAACUUCAAAUACUCCACUCUUGAGAAAGCCACAGGAAAAUGGGAUGAGUGCAAUAAGCUCGGUCAAGGAGGAUUUGGGACGGUCUACAAGGGGGUUCUUUCAGACGGAAGAGAAAUAGCUGUGAAGAGACUCUUCUUCAACAACAAAUUCAGAGCAGCAGAUUUUUACAACGAAGUUAACAUGAUUAGCAGUGUUGAACACAAAAACUUGGUGAGGCUGUUAGGAUGCAGCUGUUCAGGACCUGAAAGUAUUCUUGUAUACGAAUAUCUACCCAACAUGAGCCUCGACCGCUUCAUUUUUGAUGCAACAAAAGGCAAGGCCCUAAACUGGGAGAAGAGAUUUGAGAUCAUCAUUGGUACAGCAGAAGGCCUGGUUUACCUUCAUGAGAAUACCAAAAGCCGAAUUAUUCACAGGGAUAUUAAAGCGGCUAAUAUCUUGUUAGACUUGAGGCUUCGUGCUAAAAUAGCUGAUUUCGGGUUGGCGAGGUCGUUUCAAGACGAUAAAAGCCACAUCAGCACCGCCAUCGCUGGAACACUAGGAUAUAUGGCUCCGGAGUAUCUGGCCCAUGGUCAGUUAACCGAGAAGGCAGAUGUCUAUAGCUUUGGUGUGUUAAUACUGGAGGUGGUCACUGGAAUGGAAAACAAUAGAAGCAAAAUGGUAGAAUAUACCGACAGCCUAGUAUCGAUCGCGUGGAAUCAUUUCCAGCAAGAUAGAGUGGAGGAAAUCUUCGACCCAAAUCUAAUGAUGCAAGUUUAUCCAAACAGCAAUUUCCAAAAAGAGGCCAUAAAAGUGGUACAAGUAGGACUUCUUUGCACUCAAGAAGUUCCAUCUUUAAGGCCAACAAUGUCAAUGGUACUAAAAAUGUUGGCAAAGGAUGACGAACCCUUACCUUCCCCUUCUAAUCCCCCUUUUAUCGACGAAAAAACCAUGGAACUCAACGGCUUUAUAGAAAAGUUACGGUAUUACCAUAGCGGUGAUGAUUCUAGCUCUGUCGCCACCGUUUCCCGUAGUCAUUUCUUCCCGAGGUAACACUUGUUAAUUAAUUAUGAAAUCAGCUGAAUGAAAAUAUGGUCGCCAAUUGGCCAAGUCUACAGGUACUGAAGAGAUGUUGUGUAACGACCAAUGCUCAAAGCAACAGGCAGACCACAAUGAAAGUUUUUUGUAGUUUGUAAUUUUUAAACUUACAAAGAACUCACAAAUCUAUUCUAUUAUCUAUAUGAGACGGGACGUUACAUGUUAUCUAUAGAAGUUUCAA